AACAGAACGACCAACAAUAAUAACAAGCUUCAAAAACACACACACAUAUACAUACAUACACACACACAGAGAGCAUUAUAUUAUAGACAUUUCCAAUGCGCACAAUAUUGUGAUCAUCGUCUAUUUCUUUUUCUGCUUUUAGGGUUUCUUUCUUUCAAAUCGAUCCAAAAUAUCCCCCCUAACAGAUUUCCGGUUUCGAGUAUAAAGAUGAAUCUGAAAAUGAAGUCAAGAAAUGUUGCAGAAAAUGGGGAAACGGCUGAAGACUCAAUACUUAUGACAUUGAUUGGCAAUGGUGAAGAUUUGGCUCCAAUGGUACGGCAUUCAUUUGAGAUGGGGAAGCCUGAAACUCUCCUUCACCAGCUCAAAAAUGUUGUGAAGAAGAAGGAAGUUGAGAUUGAGGACCUCUGCAAGCUCCACUACGAGGAAUUCAUUGUUGCAGUUGACGAGCUUCGUGGUGUGCUGGUUGAUGCUGAAGAGCUGAAAGGUGAGCUUGCAAGUGAUAAUUUUAGGCUACAAGAGAUAGGGAGCGAAUUACUUGUUAGACUUGAAGAUCUUCUUGAAUCUUAUUCAAUCAAGAAGAAUGUUACCGAAGCAGUUCAGAUGUCGAAAAUCUGUGUUGAAGUGUUGGAUCUUUGUAUAAAAUGUAACAAGCAUGUAUCGGAAGGUCAGUUUUACCCUGCUUUGAAAGCUAUUGAUCAGAUAGAGAAAGAUUAUAUGAAGAAAAUACCUGUCAGAACUCUUAAAAAUCUUGUAGAGAAAAAAGUCCCGGUAGUUAAAACCCAUAUCGAAAAGAAAGUGUGUGGUGAAAUUAAUGAAUGGUUGGUUCAUAUAAGAAGCACCUCAAAGGAUAUCGGACAGAAAGCAAUAGGGUUUGCUUCUUCUGCUCGACAGAGAAACGAAGAUAUGCUUGCUCGUCAAAAGAAAGCAGAGGAAGAGAGUUCAUUAGGGCUUGGAGAUUUUACUUAUUCCUUAGAUGUUGAAGAAAUUGAUGAAAGUUCUGUUUUAAAAAUUAAUCUCAUGCCUCUGUAUCGGGCGUAUUAUAUUCAUAUAUGUCUUGGGAUCGGAAACCAGUUUCGAGAAUAUUACUAUAAAAACCGAAUGUUGCAGCUGAGUUCGGAUUUACAGGUCUCCUCCGUGCAACAUUUUCUUGGAUCGUAUCAGACUUACUUGGCACAAAUUGCUGGCUACUUUAUUGUUGAGGAUCGGGUUCUCAGGACAGCUGGCGACCUACUAUCUGCUAACCAGGUUGAGGCAAUGUGGGAAAACGCUGUAUCUAAGGUGACUUUGACUUUGGAAAAUCAAUUUUCCCAGAUGGAUACUGCAAGUCAUCUUCUCCUUGUGAAGGACUAUGUGACGCUUCUUGGGGCAACUUUAAGACAAUACGGGUAUGAUGUGGGCCCCAUUCUUGAUGCAUUGACCAAUAGUCGUGACAAAUAUCAUGAGCUUCUUUUGGCAGAGUGCCGAGCUCAAAUCAAAGAUGCUAUUAUAAAUGAUAGUUGUGAUCAAAUGGUUAUGAAGGAUUCAGAAUACCAUUCUAAUGUUCUUUGUUUUCAUCUUCAAACGUCUGAUAUAAUGCCGGCUUUCCCGUAUGUCGCACCCUUUUCAUCAAUGGUUCCUGACUGCUGUCGAAUAGUUAGGUCGUUCAUCAAAGACUCAGUUAAUUACUUGUCUUAUGGGGGUCAAACGAACUUCUUUGACUUUGCAAGGAAAUAUCUUGACAAGUUGUUGAUUGAAGUAUUAAAUAAAGUCAUACUUGACACAAUUCAAAGUGGAAGCACUGGAGUAUCUCAGGCCAUGCAGAUUGCUGCUAAUAUAGCUUUUCUUGAGAAAGCAUGUGAUUAUUUUCUUCAAACUGCGUCAAAACAAUGUGGCAUUCCCACUCGAAUGGUUGCAAGGCCCCAAGCUACUCUAAUGGCCAAAAUGGUUCUUAAAACUUCAAGAGACGAAGCUUACCUUUCUCUUUUAGAUUUAGUCAACCAUAAGUUGACCGAGUAUCUUGCACUUACAGAGAACGUCAAUUGGAUUAUUGAUGAUGUGGCACAACACAAAAGCGAUUAUAUGAAUGAGGUUGUUAUCUAUCUUGACACCAUUUUGUCAACUGCUCAGCAGAUUUUACCUCUGGAUGUCAUGUAUAAAAUUGGUAACGGGGCCCUUGAGCAUGUUAACAACUCGUUUAUGGACACUUUACUUAGCGAUAGUCUGAAGCGGUUCACUGCAAAUGCAGUAAUGGGCAUCAAUAAUGAUCUCAAAACUUUGGAACAAUUUGCAGACGAGAAAUUUCAUGGUACUGGAUUAAAUGAAAUAUAUAAAGAAGGUAGUUUCAGAGGCUGUCUGCUGGAAGUAAGACAAUUGGUGAAUCUUUUACUGAGCAGCCAGCCUGAAAAUUUCAUGAAUCCCGUCAUACGCAUGAAGAAUUACAACACGUUGGAUUACAAAAAAAUUGGAAUCAUCUGUGAGAAAUAUAAAGAUUCACCAGAUGGUAUUUUCGGGAGCCUCUCUAACAGAGGUGGCAAGCAGAGUAACCGUAAGAAGUCAAUGGACGUGUUAAAGAGAAGAUUGAAGGAGUUCAAUUGAGAAUCGUUCAAAAGUUUUUUCGGGAGUAGAAUAAGCUAGUUUUUUUUUUGUACUCUCUGUUGUUAUUUAUUUAUUUUUGUCGACGCGAAAUUCAUUACCUAAUUGCCUAGUUUCUUUUAUCCAAGUUUCAAUGAAACAGUUUUGUAUGUAUCUGUUUUAAUUCUUAAUAAUAAUCUUGAUAUCUUUAAGACCA